AUGGCUUAUUUUUCUCCCUCGGCACCCUCAGCGGCACAGGAACUCCAAGAGCCACUAUUUCGGGCCAAACUAAACAACAUCCGGCCACUGGUCAACAUGCUGCGAACAAUCGGGUUCUGCCCACGAGCCCGGUGCACAAUCAGUACCACAGGCUUGGUCUUUGACAUUGAUGAGGCACAAGCAAUGGUUGCCCAAGCGUUUAUCCGCACAGAGCUUUUCACCACAUACAAAUACAACACCAGCUUGGCCAUGGCCUCGAUCAGAUCCAAUUCACAACAGGAGGACGAUGAUGAAGAGGAGAAGUGCAUUCCGCUGGAUAAUCUCAUUGAAUGCCUCAUGCUGUUCUACGGACCAGGAAGUGGCGGCGGCGGCGGCGGCGGCGGGAUUGGGGUGUCGAGCUUGCACCAUGGCGUGGAUGAUUUGCGCGGAGCAACGACGGUGGAGCUGGGAUUCGACGGGCCAGGCGGCGACUUCCAAGUGCUUCUGGAAGAGCGCGGGCCGAACGCGCAAUCGACCUUGACUUUUCGCAAUGCAUUUAACGAGCUUGAUCCGACCAGUGACUCCAUCAGUAUAUCGAUAUCCGCGCAUGAGCCGUACUUUCGAAUUGCCACGGUGGGGAACGGUGGGAGUACGGAGAUGACGUAUGCGAGGGAUGAGCGUGUGUUGGACUCGUAUUUUUGCAACGAGGAGGUCGAGAAUAGGUUCAAGUUGGGUCUGGUUUUGAGAUGCAGGAGCGCGCUGGGAAUGUCGGAGAAGACGAAGGUGAGGGUUAAUCGGAGGGGGUUUCUGUGCUUGCAGUUUAUGGUGCCGACUGUGACGGAACAGUCGUUUGUCAAUUUCGUGUUUGCGCCACUCGUGGCUACUGACGACGACGCGCAGCGAUGA